AUGGGCGAUCCACGCUUACCAAGUCAGAAGGAUAGGAAUCCGGGGAUAUUACCAGAUAUCCCUCGGCAGAGCGCUGGUGCAUCCACCUACGAUGGUGAACUAAUCCAGAAUCUGUGGUCUGAUUCAGCAGCAGCUGACACAAAGACAAGCGCGGAUUAUGUGUGGACAAAUCCACUUGAAAUGGUGAUCUUCGCUCAGCUUGAGGCUAUGUUCGAAUCUCGAUGCAUCACCUCCCAAAAUAGCCGGUAUAAUCACGUGGUAGGAUGUUUGCCAGAUUUUAUCGCUCGUGAAGUAUCCGAUUUGAUAUACAGUCGUCCGCCUCGCGAUCCGUACGAUGUUCUGAAAUUAGCCAUCCUUUCUCGCACCGCUGCCAGCGAUGAGCAGAACUUACGGAAACUUCUUUCCGGUGUCGACGUUGGUGAUAAAUCUCCGUCGCAGCAUCGACGCCACAUGAUGCAGCUGCAAGGUAAAUAUCCGGUGGACGACGCUGUUUUGAAGGAGCUGUGGCGACAAAGCCUUCCUGUAGAGGUUCGAAACGUCAUCUUCGUCAUCGAGAAGGUUACGUCUUUGGAAAACUCCCCGAGGUCACCGACCACGUUCACGAAACCUACAGACAAUUCGUUGUUUCUAACGUACAACAACCGACCAUCUCCGUGUCCAAUCUCGAACUCCAACUCAGCUCGAUCGCAGCUCAGUUUGCCAAGCUAUCUCUCGAACUCAAUAACGUAA